UUACUUCCUUGCCUUACUUCUUGCCACUGGACUGGCUUUAGGGAGCUGUUUGCGAGCGAACCUUGGCUUGACUAUUGUCUGUAUGGUUCGUCAUCCUUACAGCAACCUAACCAACGAUGGGGAUCUUGGAGGAAGGUUAACAAACAAGUCAUCCAUCUCGACUACGGGUCCUUCAGACUCUAUAGAUUUACAUGAUGAUUUUUCAAACAAUAGCUACGAUUUUCACCAUUCCGAUCAUAUGGCUAGUGCAAUUACCAGCGAUGGUGAAAUAGGCGAGUUUGAAUGGAACAAAGAAAUGCAAGGCAUUGUUCUUGGCUCAAUGUUCUGGGGUUACCUAUGUCUCCAAAUUCCCUGUGGGAUGCUUGCCGAACGAUUUGGUCCCAGAUAUGUCACUGGGAUUGGGUUGAUGCUGUGUUCUGCAUCAGCCUUGGUAUCGCCAGUAGCGGCCCGCAUCAACGUCUACAUGUUUGUGGUUAUCAGGAUCCUUACUGGAGCGUUUGUGUCAGUAUUGUGCACAUCGGUUCCGGCGUUCUGGAUACACUGGGCACCCAAAUCCGAAAUUUCAACGUUACAGGGUAUCGCAUUUGCAGGUAUCGAGGUUGGAAUUGCUCUGGUCUUCCCGCUGUCUGGAAUCCUGUGCAGGUCUGGUAUAGACGGUGGAUGGCCAUCAGUUUUUUAUGUUACAGGUGGCCUCGGGUUAGCGUGGUCUUUAGCAUGGUUGUUUCUUUCACGAGAUAACCCACGUGACCAACCAUGGAUUUCAGUGGCUGAGAAAACGUACAUAGAACAAACUACCAAAUCACGCAUCCAUGCGAAAAAGGUGAUGCCAUGGGGCGAUAUGUUGAGGUCGCGGGCGACGUGGACGUUAAUCUGCACCCACACAUUGUACAACUACGCCUACUACAUGCUGCAGCUUCAGCUUCCAAGUUACUUCAAUGAAGUCAUGUAUUUCGACAUUCAAUCGAAUGGCUUGCUUGUCAUGAUGCCCUACAUCUGCACUGGUCUGUCGAUGUUCCUGGGUGGCUGGGUGACUGAUGUAGUUAUCAGGAAGCAGAUUCUAUCUCGCGACAACACGAGGAAGAUUAUGAACACUAUAGGGAGCGGAUUGCAUGCAAUCCUGAUGAUCAUCCUGGCCCAGCUGGACUCCAGAAGUCAGAUACCUGCAGUAGUCUUGCUGUGUUUAGCUGGGGCAUUGAACGGACUUUCCUUGUCCGGGGUGUUUCUGGCAACGUUUGUGGAAAUCGCCCUUGUCCAUUCGGCCACUCUCUUUGCCGUGUCUAACACCAUUGCCAGUAUACCAGGGAUAGUGGCGCCAUAUGUAGUGUCAGUACUCACACCUACAGGUUCCCAAAGUGAGUGGCAGUCUGCGUUCUACGUGGCAGCAGCUGUGUUGCUGAUGUCAACAAUCGUCUUCCUGUUCUCUACUUCCGCCCCUCAACCCUGGGCUCUUCCUCCUGCCGAAGAUGCAACUGUUGUGGACGGUCUUAAUGUGGAUCGCAAAGAAGAUGCUUUGUAAUCUUGAA